CAAUUGGCUUUCAAUGCAAACACGUGUCGACUGAAGAGCACCGCUAAUAGGGAUGACGGCGUGAAUGGGCUGAAGAGGCGACUGGAAAGCGGACCCCAAUUGUCUCAGUUCAUCGACGGAACCGUUGGAAGCGCUGAUCGAUGGAGUGAUUACAGCGGGAAACUGAAACGCGAGGCCGGAGAACACCAACGAUUACGACUCCCGCCGUGGCUUAAGAAGGAGAUCCCAAUCGGCCAUAACUAUCACAAACUGAAACAAUCGUUACGAGCGUUGGGUUUGAAUACGGUGUGCGAAGAGGCCAAGUGUCCCAACAUUGGCGAGUGUUGGGGCGGCGGAGAGCACGCGACGGCCACCGCCACAAUCAUGCUGUUGGGCGACACGUGUACCCGCGGCUGUCGGUUCUGCUCCGUGAAGACAUCCCGAGCGCCGCCACCGCCCGACCCCAACGAGCCCUACAAUACGGCCAAAGCCAUAGCCGAGUGGGGUUUGGAUUACGUGGUGUUGACUUCUGUGGACAGGGAUGACAUGCCCGACGGCGGAGCCAAUCAUUUCGCGCGAACUGUUCAGCAAUUAAAGCUAAUGAAUGGCGCGAUUUGUGUCGAGUGUUUGACGCCCGACUUCAGGGCCGACAAGAGUGCCAUCGAAACAGUGGCCACAUCUGGUCUCGACGUUUACGCCCAUAACGUGGAAGCGGUUGAGGCGUAUCAGCGCUUCGUUCGCGACCCACGAGCUAACUAUAAACAAUCCAUUGAUGUCUUAAAGUUUGCCAAACAUAUAACCAAACAAAUGAAUGGAGAGUCAGUCAUAACGAAGACGUCGAUUAUGUUGGGCUUCGGAGAGACGGACGCGCAGGUGAUGAAAACGAUGGACGACUUGAGGGCGGCGGGCGUCGAUUGCGUGACAUUAGGACAGUAUAUGCAACCGACCAAACGGCACAUCAAAGUCGUUGAAUACGUGACGCCCGAGAAGUUUAAGCGAUGGGAAGAAUACGGCAAUGAAUUGGGUUUCAUGUAUACGGCCAGCGGUCCACUCGUCCGCUCGAGCUAUAAGGCCGGA